AUGAAAUUCGCACAACCAGCAUCUCCGAUUGCUGGGUCGUUGCACGAGCCACGGAACAAUGACGCCUGGCGAGCGCCUCUUCUUGGGGACUCGCUGAAUGAAAGCACCUUGGAGCCAAUGAACCACUCUGCAACACGUACCUGCCCCGUCCUUAAUAAUCGAAAUGUUCAGUCCCGCUCCGACUCUCCCAAAAUCGGCCCAAUCCUGCCACAGCAAACCUCAUACCUACCACAACUAUACCGAGCAGAGUAUGACCGGCCGGUUCAGUAUGACCGACCGGUUCAGUAUGACCGACCGGUUCAGUAUGACCGACCGGUUCAGUAUGACCGGCCGGUGGAGUACAAUCGAGAGGAGUCUGACGGUAUUGAAAUACCCAUAGACCUCCUGGAUCCUCUGAGAGCGGCAAUAUACCAGGACUACCGCACCGAAGGAAUAACUCAGGCCGAUGACGUGACUCCAGAACGGGGACUUAACGCCAACUUCCCUGGGACCCCGCCUCGAAAUGAACCGCUAUGGUCCGAAGGUCGGGAAACAUCCUAUGAGGGCUUGGUAGCCGGGUCCUGGCGCUGCGACCAGCCUGACCUGUCAUUGGCACAUGUCUCCUCCCUCAGCGCGUCGCCCAGAAAUACAUCGUCCCCACGAGAAGACUACUCGAGAGAAGGCUGCUGCUCGCGAGAAGUUGGUUGGCGACCUAACCAACUCGGUUCAGCCAAGCAGCUCGUCUCGGGAAGCUCUUCCUCAGACUCGCCACCGGGCUGUCUCGGUUCCACCUACUUGCUCGACCCCUUGGCCACCGUCUCCGGUGCAGCCAUGGUCUCCAGGCAGUCUCUACCGCAAGGGACCGAUGAUUCCCUUCCUCUUCAGAAGGAACUCCCAUCAUCGAACCAACGUCCGGUCUACCGAAUUCCGUUUUGCGCAAAGUUCGUGACUGCAACCAGCACAUUGUCAGCAGAUGCGCAAUCCGCACGAGAAACGGCUGACGGUGCUACCAACAAGUAUGGCACUGUCACAGAUGUUCACAGACGUUCAUACACAAACACGUUCGCACACACCAUUUACAUACUGCGUGGCAUUUCCGGUAGCUAUGAAAGGAGCGGCACCUUCUUUGAGACAUCCAGUAGCGGCGCUCCGGACACUUCUCGUAUUCCGCUAACUCCGACACUGGUACUUCCUAAUGGUCGGAAGACGAUCCAAGUCGGUGGUCUCCAAGAAUCUGGGCGGGAUGAGAGCAGAGGCGAACGUGCUGGAUUGCGCGAGCUGCAGACUCAACGACAGCUUGCGGCGGAAUGGGAACGAUUGCAGUCCGGAGUGGGGAUCCAUGUUGGAGCGCUGACUCCGCGCGAUCUGGUUGAUGAAGACCCGGGUUAUGAGGACCGUGCUUCUGAAGGCGGGGGUUAUGAGGACCGAGGUUAUGAGGACCAUGGCGAAGACCGAGGUUAUGAGGACCAUGGCGAAGACCGAGGUUAUGAGGACCAUGGCGAAGACCGGGGUCGGGGUCAUGAAGACCGGGGUCGGGGUCAUGAAAACCGGGGUCGAGGUCGUGAAGACCGGGGUCGAGGUCGUGAAGACCGGGGUCGAGGUCGUGAAGACCGGGGUCGAGGUCGUGAAAACCGGGGUCGAGGUCGUGAAGGCCGGGGUCGAGGUCGUGAAGAACGGGGUGGGGGAUUACUGGGAUCCCCAUUCCUUGGGGGAACUGCGAACCGUCGUGGGAGAUCGAGGGAUCAAGGAAGAGCGAGAGAGCAGGGGCGACUGAAGGAGUACGGCAGGCCGAAGGAGUAUGGCAGGCCGAAAGAGCACGGGAGAUAUCGAGACUCUCGCCAUAUAGUGGAUCUUCGAAACCCGGGGUGCACGGACGCCCGUGCGGUCAAAGCACCGACCUGCGCGGCAGCCGCCGCAGGAGAGGAGCCGCUUAGCAUCACUCUACACUUGCGAAUCGACUUGUCGAAACACCUCCAGGCACCGCGGGGCGAGACUGUGGCCGGUCUGAGAGGAACGGUUCCGAAUGACGCUCCAAAGGACACCGGCCACCGCCUGGAAGAAGUUCGCAGCGAAGCAGUCAAACGCGACUGCGUCGAUACGACGACCACAGAACCGUCGACGAAUGCCCAACUUCGACCAGCUCCUUCCAGCACUCCUUCCGCCGCAGAGAUCCAGCACGCAACCGACGUCGCUGGUAACGAGGUUGCACCCGUCAACGAGUCUAGCGCCAGCGACUGUGGGGUUAAAGAGUGUGCGUCUAACCACUACGAUACUGGCGCCAGCAAGUUAGUGGCCGAAGGGUGUGACGCCAGCGACUGUGUGUCCGCAGCCCGCCGAGAGCCUGGGGCUCUGGAGACCGCCGGUCUGGCUGAGGUGGAGCGCCGGGAAAGGCCGGGAGCUGCGCGUGCGCACGCGUUCCGACAUUCGGACUUCUGGACGACUGUGCGCGACGCGUCUUCGAGGCCUGGUGAAACGGCGAGGAGCGAAGCGGCGACGCAGAGAGGUGCGGACGGGUUGCGUUUCUACUCGCCGACUUCGACUGUCCGCGAAAGUCCGCACGAGUGUGCGACGGCGUCGUGCUCAUGGCCGCCGGAAGACGCAGCGCCCGCCGAGGAAGCUGCCGACCAGGAGAGUGUGGGCCACGAGUUCGCCGUGCCCGCGGACGCCACUGGACUAGGUCCCACCACUGGACUCGGUCCCACCACUGGACUCGGUCCCGCCACUGGACUCGGUCCCACCAUCGGGCUCGGUCUUGGUUGCGUAGAAGAAGGCUCGGCGACCAGGCACGCCCUUAGCUUAGAUAGUCUAGAAUUGAUGAGCCAGUCAAUACACUCGGUAGAUUACCCAAGAGGAAGUUUGCCACCCGCCGAGUCGCCAUCUGCCAUGGAGCCGUCUGCCGUGUCACCAUCAGCCGAGUGGCCAUUCGACGAGUCGGCGCUAAAUGAGUCGGCACCGAAUAAUGACCAGUUCCUCCUACGACCAGACGGCGUUUGUCGACCGUGUCGGGUGGCGGUGCCACCACUAAACUUAUCGGUCUUGGCACGCUCACCGCCCCUCAGGAGCGCCGUGAGUUCCGUGGCCGCGAAUUCCAGCCACCUCAACGGGCUCGGUUCCGGAGGUUUGGAUUCCAGCGGCGGAUUCUGGCGACUCUACGCAGAUCCGUGGUACGCCGAGAAGGCGCCCCGGACCCCCAGCCGUUCUGAGCCGGACUCUGGACCCCGGGUUGAGGUUGAGGAUCCUUCUGCGACUGAAAAAGAAUCUCUGGAAGCUAAAAAUCCUCCGGCGACUGCUGAAGACCCCGCGCCGGAUUACAAGCCCGCGGCUCCCGAAGCGGUUCGAAGUCCGGAAGCGGGUGCGGGGCCCUGUGCGACUCAGGGGUCACCCUCGGAGCGGUUGACACCGCUCUUUACACAAAGGGAAUUCGGUCGUGAGGCACUUGGCCGAGGUGAUUUCCGGUUACUUCAGAGUUGCAGUUCGGUCAGCAACUCGCAGCAACCGCCUUCGCACCCGAUCCUGGUCGUCCGACGACCCGUAGGCGAUUCCCCCGUUCUUUCCGGCCGCUUCGGCUGCCAGUCAUUCCUCCACGAGAAGGAAGACCCCGUCGACGACCCCGUCGGCGAUUCCCAGGACCCCACACGAAAGGAGGUCCAGGCGGAUUCGCAAGUCCAGGCGAGCUCCGAGGUCCAGCCGAGCCCAAAGGUCCAGCCGACUCCGGAGCUUGAAGAUGAAACCUUGGUUGGCUACCGGGGCAGAUUUGUCUCGCCCGCUCCGCACCUACCGGGAACCCCACCCCCGUCAGACAGUCAGUCCCUGUCCAGCCUAGCCGACCGGAGUCAGGCCUUCAACCAAAGUCAGGCCUUCAACCAAAGUCAGGCCUUCGACCAAAGGCUAGACCCAGGUGCGGCGUUUGACCGAAGCGCCGCGUUCGACAACGCGUUAGUGUGGCGCGACACGUUCAAGGACAGCAACCCGAGCAGCGUGGCUUCGGAGUUUCACGCGGACGAGGUCCAUCCGAUAGCCAGCACACGAGAUUGUACUGGCGGUCAACCGCCGUCGCCGUCGCAGACAUCGCUCUCGCCUUCCCGAGCCGCACGGCGCGGAGGAGGCGCUCCACGUUUCGGCUACAGUCCAGAGGUGCAGAGUCCGGAAAGCAUCGCCCUUGAACGGAACGAGUGUCUGGCUCUGAAUCGGACUGCAAACCCCGAACAGGAUGAGAACUCUGGGCAAGGUGAGGAUCCUGGACAAAGUGAGGAUCCUGGACUAGGUGAGGAUCCUUCCUCUUCCGUUUGGCGUUCCGCUUCGGUUUGGCCUUCCUCUUCGGUUUGGUCUUUCUCUUCCGUGUCGGCGGCGCCCCUGGGCCUGACAAAUUCUCCGUUGGGGUCCUCCACAUCGCCAGCACCGCCGGACGGGCGGCUGGACCGUUUGUUGACGCUGGAACGGAAAUGGUCGCGAGUACACAAAUCCCCUCUAGUGGUCUCUUCGCCCGUGCGUCUCACCUACCCCGCUAGACGUUCUCCUCCGGAUCAUCUGGGCAAUCUCGUGCUCGGGAAGGGCUGGAAUGAAGGGCAGGUAUGUACGCCUUUUGCUGGUCGCAGUCUCGACACUCAGAGCCUUGAUCCCACACCCCUCGUCCCUAAAAAAGGGUACCGACCGGAUGACGGCUUGGGGCUCGAUGAACCCAAGCUUAAUAGCUUUUUCUAA